AUGGCGAACGGGACAUCUAUCAAAAGGACUCCCGUACCGGCGCCUCUCGAAGACGACGAAAGUCCAGCGCUUCUUCAUCGGUCGCUGCGUCUCCGGCCGUACAAUGUCUCCUCGGCGAAGGGCAUUUACAUCACCCUGAAAGACGGACGGAGGGUGAUGGACGGCUCUGCCGGCGCCGCGGUCGCUUGCAUCGGACGCGGUAACGAUGAAGUCGCUGCCGCCGUGGCUGCGCAGUUACAGACAGGUGUCAGCUACCUCAACUCUGUGGCCUUUACUACCGACGCCGCCGAGGAGCUGGCGCAUUUCCUGAUCGACGGCCCGCACGGGGGUGGUCGCUUCGGGUUUGAACGCGCUUACUUCGUCAGCAGCGGCAGCGAGGCCAACGACGCGGCGUUAAAACUAGCCCGACAGUAUUUUUUUGAGAAGGACGGGGCGGAAACCCUGCGCACAAGGUACGUCGCGAGACGUCAGGCGUUUCACGGGACAACUGUUGGUGGGAUGAAUGUCAGUAGCUUCGUCGCGAGAAAAGUUCCGUUCGCGAAUUUUCAGCUGCAGAAUGUUAGCUGGGUCACGCCCGCAUAUCAGUAUCAAUACUCGAACUGGCAGCAGGGUGAGACCGAAGACGAGUUUGCGGCGAGGUUAGUCGUGGAGCUGGAUGAGCACUUCCAAUCUCUAGGUCCCGAGACUGUCAUUGCCUUCAUUGCUGAGCCACUUGUGGGCGCGACGAGCGGGUGCACGCCCGCCCCCAGAGGAUACUUUAAGGGUGUGCGCGAGGUCUGUGACAAGUAUGGGAUAGUUUUAAUCCUAGACGAAGUCAUGUGUGGCAUGGGCCGAACAGGGACGCUAUUCGCUUUCGAACAGGAAAGUAUCGUGCCAGAUAUUAUAACCAUCGGUAAGGGUCUGGGAGGUGGCUAUCUCCCAGUUGCUGGCGUGCUCGUGCACAAGAAGAUUAUUGAUGUUUUGAGAAAGGGCACUAGUAGCUUCAACCACGGUCACACAUACCAGGCCCAUCCGGUUGGCUGUGCGGCGACAAUAGCGGUUCAAAAAAUUGUGCGCCGUGAGAAGUUCGUUGAGAAUGUCGCCCGACUGGGUAAAUGGUUACACCCACUGCUACUUGAGACAUUUAGCAGCUUGAAAUACGUCGGCAACAUUCGAGGACGAGGCCUGUUCUGGGGUAUCGAGUUUGUGCAGAACAAAGCCACCCGAGAGCCAUUUCCUUCUUCGCUGGGCUUUGGGCUUCGAUAUCAGGCGACCUGUUUUGAGCUAGGCCUGGCUGUCUACCCUGGAACGGGUACAGUUGACGGCAAAAUGGGGGAUCACUGUAUCUUGAGCCCGCCCUACAACGUGACGGAGGAGGAGCUGAGAAAGAUGGUUCAGAUCAUGAAGCAGGCAUACGGUCAACUAGAGAGACAAGUUGACGGUGAAAUGACUCAAAAGCAAGGAGGCAAUGGAGUUGUAGAGACUUCUUAA